AGUCAUUCACAGCUGCAACAACCGUGGGUUGUUUCAAAUUAUUAUUGUUGUUUGUUGUUGUUGUUUUUUCAGGGGUUCCAGGAAUAAAGCUUAAACCUGUCCACUACUACGAUGAACAAAGAGAGUACGCGGAAUACAGCUCUGUCGUGGGGAGAAAGCUCGUCCUACCAUGUAAUAUUACGCCCCCUUCUCCAGACGACCGUGUUUCACUCGUGUUGUGGUAUCGUGGAACUUCUGGAAAUCCUUUGUACAGCGUAGAUGCUAGGAACGUGCCUGUAGAAAAAGCAAAACACGUAAUACGUGAUGAGUAUGUGUCUAGGACUAGCUUAAAUAUCACGAAAAGAGCGGCUUCGCUCGUUAUACAACCAGUUGAAGAAGGUGACGCUGGUGAAUACAGAUGCAGGGUGGAUUAUCAAAGAGGUCGAACCAGUCACCGAAAGUUGAAAGUCAACGUUAUUGUGCCUCCUAAAAAGAUAUACAUCAGACAUGGUGAACACGUCUUCGAAGAUACUAACAUAGGACCGUUUGACGAAGGUAGUCACUUGAAUCUGACAUGCGAAGCCGUGGGAGGAGUUUGA